CUGGGUGAAACCGAACAUGGGUUCUCGUUAUUGGUCUGGCUCCUCCCUCUCUUAGACUCGAACUGUUUUUCCUCCCUCCCACUUAUGAGGAGAGCUCGGCAGUGUGCGUUAAUCCCGGAUUGCACUGCCCUGCCGUCUGCAUCCCGUUGUUGCUGGGAGAGCAUGGCACGGCUCCAGGACCCCUGUGCUCACACCAGAGAGGACUGAACGUAAAACAGAGAGAGACAGGGAGAGAGAGUUAAAAAAAAAAAGAGCUGCAGUUGGGCUGUUUUACGACUGUCACAGCUGGUUGAGCGCUGUGCUGCACUCAGAGUUGUUGAGUUUUGGGCACAUACUCUCAUACUAAAGGAGAGGAAAAGGAGAAGAAUGGCAGGCAGUUUGUUGCAGUGCUGGGUGAAUAUUUAAAACAAGGGAGCCUUGGUGACCUUCUGGCUUUCACAACACUUACUGCCUUCUUCUACGCAUUGCAUCUGCCUUGCUCCUCAUUUUGUGAAGGGAUUUAACUUUUUGUUUUUGUAAUUUUUUUUAACUUCAUCUCUUGCUGUCUCAUCUGGAACUCUUGUCUGACAUGGAGUCCCCCACCAAAGAGAUCGAGGAGUUUGAAAGUACUGCUCUGAAGUACCUACAGCCGGAACAAAUAGAGAAGAUUUGGCUCAGGCUCCGUGGACUGCGCAAAUACAAGAAGACGUCCCAGAGAUUACGAUGUCUGGUGAAGCAACUGGAGAGAGGAGAAGCUUCCCUGGCUGACCUCAAGAAAAACCUGGAGUAUGCAGCAUCGGUGCUCGAAUCGGUUUACAUUGAGGAGACAAGGCGAUUGGUGGACACAGAAGAUGAGCUCAGUGACAUCCAAUCAGAGUCUGUGCCUUCGGAGGUGCGAGACUGGCUGGCCUCCACCUUCACCAGGCAGAUGGGCCUAAUGCUCCGGCGGAAUGAAGAAAAGCCCCGUUUCCGGAGCAUCGUCCAUGCCGUGCAGGCUGGAAUUUUUGUCGAGAGGAUGUACCGACGCACCUCCAAUAUGGUGGGACUCAGCUACCCUGCAUCUGUCAUAUCUGUUCUUAAGAAUGUUGACAAAUGGUCGUUUGAUGUGUUUGCCCUAAAUGAGGCCAGCGGGGAUCACGCUCUUAAAUUUAUAUUCUAUGAGUUGCUCACAAGAUAUGAUCUCAUAAGCCGCUUCAAGAUUCCGAUCUCUGCGGUGGUGUCAUUCGUGGAAGCCCUGGAAGUGGGAUAUAGCAAACAUAAAAAUCCCUACCACAACCUGAUCCAUGCUGCUGAUGUAACCCAGACUGUACACUACCUGCUUCUCAAGACUGGCAUGGUGCAUUGGUUGACUGAACUAGAGAUCUUCGCCAUGAUCUUUGCGGCUGCGGUGCACGACUAUGAGCACACAGGGACCACAAACAACUUCCAUAUCCAGACAAGGUCAGACACAGCCAUCCUCUACAACGAUCGCUCAGUGCUGGAGAGUCAUCACGUCAGUGCAGCCUAUCGCCUACUGCAGGACGACGAUGAAAUGAACAUCCUCUACAACCUCUCCAAGGAUGACUGGAGAGAGCUGCGUGCUUUGGUGAUCGAGAUGGUGCUGGCUACUGAUAUGUCCUGUCACUUCCAGCAGGUUAAAGCCAUGAAGAACUAUCUGCAGCAACCUGAAGGCAUCGACAAGCCCAAGGCUCUCUCCCUACUUCUCCACACAGCCGACAUCAGUCAUCCAGCCAAAAGUUGGGACCUGCACCACCGAUGGACCACUUCUUUGCUUGAGGAGUUCUUCAGACAGGGGGACAAAGAAGCCGAACUGGGCCUGCCGUUCUCUCCACUGUGUGACAGAAAGUCGACAUUGGUUGCACAGUCUCAGAUUGGAUUCAUAGACUUCAUCGUGGUUCCCACCUUCACUGUGCUGACUGACAUGAUGGAGCGCAUUGUCACUCCACUCAUUGACGAGGCCUCCCACUCUGGUCUUUCUACCUUUAGACGCUCAAGUCUGAACAGUAUUAGCUCAGAUGAAACCAAGAGGCACAGUGUGAAGAGCAUGGGAUCUGACAGCAGCUCCUCUGGCCAAAGCUCCCUUCUGACGGUGGACAUUAAAAACUUCAAGGCCUUGUGGAAUGAGGAAGUUUAUCAGAACAGGGAAAGAUGGAAAGCCCAGGCUACCAAAGAAGCGGAAGAGAGAGCUAAAAAGGAAGCAGAAGAACGGGCUCAGCAGGAGGAGGCUAUGGAACCGCAGGAAGUCCAGACAGAGCCUGAACAGAAGGAGAACAAGUCAGACGGCAAGGUGCUAGACUCAGCAGAGGUCAGCAGAUCACCAGAUGGAAACACAGAGGAAGCAAAGCAGGCGAACCCCCCUGGGAACACGUCGCACCAGAGUCCCCUGCUGCAGAACGGUGAGUUGUCAGAGGGGGGUGAUUCUCCUGAUGGUGAAGAAAACAAGAACAAAGGAAUGAGUGAGGCAGUGAUGGAAUGACAGAGCAGAGGAGCAUCAUGGCUACACUGAUUCUCCCCUGUUGCUGUUUAAAGGUUGAAGUCGGACUCUGCUGCCCUCUACAGACGACUGAAAAACUGACACCUUUGCUUCCUUUUUUGUUCAUGUGUUUGCAUUUCAACAGCUUGUAUCACAUGUAUCAUGUUUUCACCAUUUAUAAACAGUCAGGUGCAUUAUUCCUUCUUUCCUGCUUUUUUUUUUAAAUAAAAAAUUGUGAAGAGGUUUAUUUCCAUCUAGUGGCUAUAAGAGUGUCACCACUGGAAAACUAGUUUGUUUUUGUGGUAGUUUGGGCAGCGUUCUUUUAUUUACCUUUUUAAUGCAUUUUUUUUUUUUAUUCAACUCUUGUAGCUGUUUUAAAAGUCCCACUUCCACAUUCUGGAUACAUCUAUAUUAGAUUGAUUUGUUGGGAGAUGGGAGUUAAGAGAUUUGUUGCGACUUACUACCAUAUAUGCAGAAUAGAUGCAUAUCUAUAGGGAAUUCUACAAUGCCUAUACUGCAUGUAGAUUAUAUGUCUGUACAGUAAUUUGAGAUUCUUGCCACAGGUCUUCAGCACUACUGUUUUAUUACCAAGUACUCCUUAAAUAAAUUUAGACUAGCUUAGAAAACAAUUUUCCUUAUAGUGCUCCUUAUGGUUGCUAAAGCCACAAAAAGAAAAUAUUUUGUGUGUUUACUUUCUUUAACUUUUUUGCAAUUUAAAUGCAUUUGUAUUCCUUACAGCCAGGUAUAAAUGGUUUUAUUUUUUUCUGUGUUUUUCUUUUCUGUAUAUAUUAAAUGUUUAUUAAUGGUUGAAUAUGGAACAUCAAUCCAUCAGCCAUCCAGUGAGGGAAAUAUUUUUGAGAUAAAAUGUAAGAUAUUUGUGGAAAAAAAAAAGUCCAAAAAUUAGAGACCAGCCUUUUGCAAUUUCAACAUAUCACAUGUGCAGAUGCAUUCAAGUUCUUUUUUUUUUUUUUUUUUGUAAAUACAAUGUUUUUGUUCAUCUAUUUGAAAAUAUAUUUGUUUUGCAUUAAUUUCCUGUACAAUUUAUGCACUAUUUGUGUCUAAUAUUGUCACAUUGUGUGUUUACUUGAUGCCUUCUGAUGUGUUUUGAAGCAGUAGCAAGAGCUCAACAUUGUUGCUAAAACUUUUUCAGUGUUCAUUUUUGCUUUUAUUCUGCAGAGCAGUUUUGUCAAAGCAGCUUCCCCUUCUCGGUCGCUGGUGUGACAUUCAAUCAGUGUGUUUACAGUGUGCCCAUACGCCACUUAGGCUGCCGAAACUUUCACGCUUCUGCCACGCAUCUGAGGCUGCAAAUCCAAAGCAUAUCUGCUUCUCUUUGCCAGGAUUUCAAGGCCUGUAAUAUUGUAUAUAAAAGAUGUACUUAUUGCACACUUUGCAUAUGUACCAUACUGGACAUGUGGGUCAGUUUUCACUUUAUGCAGUGCCUAGCGAAGAUAUUUAUGAUUUGUAUCAGGUUUCCACUUUAUGUCGUGUUGGAACCACAAACUUUUAUUUGUUUCAUUUGGAUUUUUUUUGCGACAGAGUAAUGCAUCGCUGUAAAGAAAACAGUUUUUCAACAUUUUCUUCGUAUAUUUGUAUCUGAAAACUGGGCACAUAAAUCCUGCCCUGAAUCGCUAUUUUCUACAGCCACCAAUACAGCAACUCACUAAGAGUAAAUCAAGAGCAUUUUCCUUGUGUUUAGCUUUAACUCAUGUUCUCAUCACCUCUGAUUAGCUUCCCAUUGGCUCCUAAACAGAAGUCACCUCAAAGCAUGAUGCUGCCCUCUCCUUUUGCCAUGCUGCCAAUUUUUAUCAUGCCAAUUUUUACCAUGCUGUGUUCAUAAUAAAAAUUGCAUGUGGGCCAAAAUCUUUUGUUUAUUUUCUUCACCUUUUUUCCCAACGUGUUUUAGGCAAAGUAAAACUGCAGUUGCUAUGACUUUCUUUAUGAUGAUGGAUUCUGUAAAUGCUCUGUGAGAUGUUACAAGCUUGCAAUAUUCUUUUAUAUCCCAGCCCUGCUUUAAAUUGAGACGCUCAUAGAAGAGCUGGAUUUGUACUGAAAAUAAAGUGCAAAUAUGGACUGACUCUAAUUAGGCCAAUUUCUGAAGCCAGUUGUUUGCACUGGGGCUUUCAGUCAUUUUCUUCCCACUUCAAAAAUAAUGCUCUAUAUCAUAUAAAAUUCCUUUAUAAUAAAUUAUAGUUUGUGGUUGUAACACAACAAAAUGUGAAAAAGUUUAUGUUGGUACCUUUGUAAUGCACUGUGCGCAUUAAUUUGCAGAAAAGAAAAGACACAUCUGGGCAGUAUUUGCUAAGUGAUGGACGUUAUUUUCCUUAAACCUCAAAAAAGACUUUCUAUGAAAUUAACCACAUUUACUGUGUGAAGUUUAAGCUUUAGAAGGUACCUGUAUAUAUUGCACCACAUAGUUAUAUCCAAACAUUUUAGAGGCUUGAACAUUUAAAGAAAUUGUGAAAACAUAUAUAUGAAGUGAGGGAAAGAUUGUUUUUGUAUCUAUGUUGUUUUUUAUAACCAGCUUCUGAUGGGUUACAGCAGUUUCUCAUGCACUGAAACCAUAUGCUACUUUCCAUCGAAAAGAUGCAGUCAGUGGUUAGCAAGCCAGCUGGCUGAAUGUGUGCCUAUAUCUGUUCUUUCCAUGUCACACGUAACACCUUUAAACGUGUUCAGUGAUGUCGUUAAAACCUGCGCUGAUCCUGGUGCAGCUGAACCGCGAGUCGAGUUCUUACAAUUUUUCACACUUAGGAUUCAGCUGAGACUAUCUUGUUUUUAAAGAUUAAUGUUGCAGAAUAUAGUAUUUUUAAAGCUAGAUAUUGCGCUAUAUUUUGCUCACUUUCAUUCAGAGAAGUCUAUUUUACAGCUAGGCAGUGUGGCGUAAUGUCCGUUUUUCAGUUUUAUUCUGCUGUUUGCGCCUUUUUAUCAGUCCUCUUGUUUUAUCUUUUGUCUCCCCUGUGUGUUUGUCUACCUUGUUUUUCUUCACCAGCGCUGAAGUCAGAAAAAAAAUAAACUGUCAAUGUAACGUGCAACAAUCUUUAAAUAUUAAAAAUAAAAACAUAAUUGUAAUAGGCUGCCUGACGCUUGGCAAAGCAGAAUAUAUUUUCUGGACCAAGAGACCAACACAUGUACAGACUUGUAGUUUUUGCUCUACGUUCUUCUAGCUACUGUGAUAGCCUAUAAUAUAUAAACAUUUAACAGGACACUAUACCAUCCACCAUAGGAACAUAGCUGUAUUGCUGAGCUGUAAAGACUUCUUAAUAUGGUGUUUUGUUCUGGUUACAAUCAAACCGUCUGUUUAAUGCUUUGUUUCCCUGUUUUAUCUCUCUGUAAUGACUGAUCUCAGCAACCAGUGAUCUAAUGACUGAGAAUAGAUGGAUGUAACGCAUUGGUGCGUACGCAUGUGUAUGCGUGUGUGUGUGUGUGUGUGUGUGUGUGCGUGUGUGUGUGUGUGUGUGUGCUGCACAAAUACUUAACGUGCAUUUCUGAUCUCCUCACUGUGACCUGCUCUGUCAAUGAGUGUGAUUAGAUGAGUGGCUGUGAGAGAAAGAGGAUUAAACAAAGAGAUGCAGUGGACUGUGUAAAUCUGGCAAAACAACCCAUUUAAGAUACAACAGUGAUGUGUUUUAAAUAACCCAAUUGGCUGACAACGUUGAUUUGUUUUGGUUCAUAAAACUGUAGCAACACAAUAUUCAUUACUCAAGAUCCCAGCUGGAACAUGCUAGGGUACAGAAGUUUAUGAAUUGUUUUAAAAGCUGGUAAUAAUUGUCCUCUGCCUCUCUCGAGUGGACAGAAUGACCAGGAGCGUGUGUGCGUGCGCGUGUGUGAGUGUGAGCGCACAUGCAUGUGUGUGUCACUGUCCCAUGCUGGCCAGGCGGCCAUGUGUGCCACCAUGCUCUGUGACUGCACAGCCGUAUCAAUAAAUCUGAACUCAAAGGGCUCA